GCCAGAUUCAACCACGUCAUGCAGGCUGCGACUUCAACUUUCAAUCAUUUCAACCGACCGAACCUUCCAAAUUCAUCCGAUGGGAGCGACCCAAAACAAAAUGGGUGAUUCAUAGUGUACAGGUAAUCGCUCGGACCUUGGAGAGCCAGCCCCCUCCAUCAACUCCGCAUAUAACUUUGCGCUCUCUGCAUCUUCAUCCGUGUCAUCUUAUCACACAUCACUUCUGCAGUGCACUGCACAGUACUACAGUGAGGGACUCGGAUCUUACAUCGGGAGCCAACUACCUUACUACCUUAACCAACAACCAACAAGCCAUCGCAUUGCACUAUCUGCACGCCCGGUGCCCAGGCUAGCUGCGACCCGUCGCAUCCGCAUAUCAUUCAUAAGUCAAAAGUUCGUGCCGUAAUUGACAACAUGUACUACCACCCGACACAACCCUCCGCCCUCGCCAUAGCACCCUACACCAUCCGCGUGCCCUCGCCACCGCACAUCGUCGUGCCACCUUUAUCAGCCCCUGGAGGGCUCACCAACUCAUUCCCGGCCGACGACGACGACGGCUUCGACGCCCGCGAGCACUAUGACCACGACGGUUUAAGCGACGUAAUGACCAUCACGCCGUCCCCCAACGCUAGCCACGUGACAGGCCUGACCCGCGACGAGGUGCACCUCAUCACCGCUGGCGGCCCCGUGGCGGCGGCGGGAGUGCAGACGGCGCGCGGCCGCGGCGCCUACGGGUGGGUGUACGAGGCGCGCCGGCGCGCGCAGCCCGUGCUCGACUACCUGUACCUGGGCCCCGCCGGCGCGGCCAAGGAUCGCGCCUUCCUGGCGCGCGAGGGCAUCACCAUGGUGCUGUGCGCGCGCGACCCGCGGUUCGGCGACCUGAUGGUCAACGGCGUGCGGCGGGCGGUGGAGGGACUGGGAGGAAGAGGAGGAGGAGGAGAGGGGGGGGAUGCGCCUGUGGAGGUGGAGGCGGUCGAUGUCGUCUUCGAUGGCGCCGCUAGGCUGAUGGGCGCGUUUGCGGGCGCGUUGCAGAGGAUCAAUGCGCAUGUGCUGGCGGUGAAUAGCAGGGCCGCCGCUGAGGGGACCGGGAGGAGGGGGAAGGUGCUCGUCGUGUGUGAGACGGGCAAUGAUUGGUCGGCGGCGGCGGUCGUGGCGUAUCUGAUGGCCAUGUAUGGCCUGGAUACCGUGCGCGCCGUGCAGUACGUGCAGCUGCAGCGGUUGGCCAAGGGGCAGGUUGGGGCUAUGGCAACCUUUUCCAACCAGUUUGGAAGUGGUGGUGGUCUAGGGGGUAACUCCAAACGGCGGAUUGAGGUGACGAGGGAUGAGGAUGGGGAAGAGAGGGCGGGCAGGGCGUUCGCCCCCUUCGUCGAGCGCGAUGCCUAGCUGUGGUGUGGAGGAGGUUUCAGUGUUUGUGUGCAUUUUUUUUCUUUCUGGCGGAAGUCUGGGACGGAACGGCAGGAAUUCAGCCUGGCAUUGAGGAAACUGUACCCUUUGAGUUUUGGUAGAUGGGAUCCAGUUGGUAACAAAGGCGUUCGGGAUGGUCGGCUUGGUUUCUCAGCAGUCUUAUACCCGCUGCGCGUCAGUCUUCAGACGCCCCUGGACCUGUUUUGAUACAGUUUCGUUGUACGCGUAGAAGGUAACUACUCAUGCGGCUACAUUGUGGGCCAUAGCAUGUUUGGUCCCGGAUCAUGACAUUCUGUCUCGG